AUGGAAGACAUAAAACAAGUCCCGUCCUUUCUUAUGAAAUUAUAUGAGAUUUUAGAAGUAAUUUAUACUCCGCUAUUCUUGAGUCUGAAUAAGCUGCAAUAUGUUGGAAUAAGGAGGGAACAACAUUUUAGAUCCAAGAUCCUGCAUAUUUAACAGACCAGAUUCUGCCCCAAUACUUUAAACAUCGAAACUAUUAGAGUUUUUUGAGGUAGAAUAUAAUGUCAUUUUAAUUAGAUAGCUUAAUAUGUAUGGGUUUAAGAAAUUGAAAAAUAAAUAAGGGAAAAGUGAGUUCUAGCAUUAGUAAUUUAGGAAGGGAGUAAAGUAUGAGUGAACUUAUUUUCAUAAGAAAUAAUCUACCAAAAAUUAAGCGUCGAAAUCAAGAAGAUAUAAAGUAAAGUCUUGAGACAUUGACUAAAGAAUUUCAAUCAGAAUCCUACUUAAAUGAACAUGAAAAAAUGAGAAAGUAGCUUAUGCAAAUACAAUCAGAUUAACAGAGACUAUUAUAAGAAAUAAGAUUCUAAAUGGAUCGUAAUAAGAAAUUAUGUAGAGAUACCCUAGAUAUUACUGAUGUAAGUUUGUUUAAACUAUAAUUAGAAAAUAAAUCAAAUAAAAAAUUAUUCUAUAUCAAAACUUAAUAAACUAAUAGUUAUAAUAUAGAAACUUCCUUAAGACGCUUAAAUAAGUAAGAUGGCAAUUUUGAAAGAUAAAAUUUUAAGAAAAUUAGAAACAAUAGAAAUUGAAAAUUAAGCAAAGGAUUUGUCAUUUGAUAAAUAGGAUUCGAAUAGUUAUUAUGAGCCUAAUUUAACAGGAGUUAAAAGUCCUGCAGGAUACUCACCUAAAACUAAAUGA